AUGGCCAUCUCCAACUCAUUACCGGUCUUGGUCGUUGCCAAUCUCUUCGCGGCCAUGUGCGUUGGGUUCGGUAUCAACGCGAUCCUGCGCCCCGAACACGGCGUGUCGUUCUUCGAGCUUGCUCCACCCACCGUCGACGGUCCAGAGAAGAUCCUUUUCAACAGCCUGAUGGCCGUUUACGGAGCGAGAGAUGUGUUUAUGGGCGUGGCCAUUUGGGCCGCCACUCUCACCGGGGAGCGAAAGGCGCUGGGUUGGAUCUUGCUUGGUGUGAGCGCCGUAGCGUUUGCGGACGGUGCUAUUUGUGCAGUGAACGGUGCUGGAGAGUGGAAUCAUUGGGGAUAUGCGCCGGUUGUCAUGGUCGUGGGCCUGUUGACCCUGGGCGUUCUGGACGGCAGCAAAGCGAAGACAGCUUGA